UAGAGGUGUUAGUUGCAUUCUGACCAGAGAAGAACAGACAUUUCUUCUGGGACAAUUUUCAGUUUUUAGUUACGAUUAUCUUGGAGACAUUUCACAACAAAUUAGACACAUUUUUAUAAGUUUUCCUUUUUCUGUUGAUGAACUGGGUGUGUUGAAUUUUGACUGGAUUUACUCAUCAUGAUGAAGCUGAUCCUGUCUCUCACUCUCAUCUGGACACUCUCCAGCACAGCUGAAGCUCUUAAGUGUUGGCAUGGUGAAGGGACUGACAUAAAGCAACAGACCUUACUUCCAUGUAACUCUACUGACCUGUGUGUAACUGUUGCCUAUCAAGGAUAUGAAAAUGGGACUGUCACUCAGGACACCAUCAGGUUUUGUUUGCCAUCCUCCCUUUUCAGCGAAGGAAAGCACACAUUUUCAUUCAAUGUUGGUUUUGCAAGUAUGGCUGCAUCUGUUUAUGUGUGUAACACAGAUCGCUGCAACAGUCAAGUAAUUCCUUACUCUGUUAAUAGGACGAAAAACAACCUGCAGUGUUUCACCUGUGAUGAUCCAUCUUCUGCUGUGUGUGACAAGGCAGUUCAGUGUGUGGGAGAGCAGGAUCACUGCUUUAGUUGGACUGUGGACGAUGACGAGGACAGACAAUUUCAUACCUUUGGAUGUGUCUCUGCAAACCUCUGUGAAGUUGCUUCUCACUUUGAGCCCUUGUCUGAAUUGUCUAUUAAAUUACUUAGUGAACCAAAAUGUUGUGGAAGCAGCUUCUGUAACUCAGCCUGGUCUGUCAAACUGAAUGUGAUCCCUCUGCUGUUUGGACUCAUUACCCUUAUUGUCUAUUAG